AUGCGGAAAGCGACCCGGUGCCGAUCGGCGCGGACGCGAUUCCCCUCGCCGGCGAGCAACAGGGACCGUGCGGCCGUCGGCGGCGGACAGGACGGCUUGCUCACACCCUCCUCUUCCCGGUCUUCAUCGUCGUCGUCCACCUCCUCCCCCUUUCUCGGUGGUGAAGGCGACGGGGCAAUGAAGCAGAUGGUGGCGGAGAACCCGGUGGUGGUGGUGGCGCAGAGGGGGUGCUGCAUAUGCCACGCGGCGAGGCGCCUCUUGCUGGGGCUCGGGGUCAACCCUGCGGUGUGCGAGGUCGGCGAGGAGGCCGCGGCCGCGGGGGAGGCGACGGAUCUGGUCGAGGCUGCGGCCGAGAUCGAGGCCCUCGGGGGGCAUCGCCGGCCGCCGGCGAUGCUCCCGGUGGUGUUCGUCGGGGGCAGGUUGCUGGGGGGCCUGGAUCGCCUCGUCGCCGUCCACAUCACCGGCGAGCUCGUCCCCAUCUUGAAAGAAGCCGGGGAAGGUGAGACUUGAUCUCACUAGCUUUUACUGGCCGCAUUCGAUCAAAUCGAAGGCAACACCUCACCUACUUCCAUUGGCUUUGUGAGUGGGACUUUGACCAAACCAGAAAGCAUGCUCACGUCAUGAUGAUAAGUUUGAGAAUCUAUCAACUUUCCUAUGCUAUUGGAUGAUUCACUUAUUUACAUUUUUUCCGUCAUGAUGGUAUGAUUUAUUCUCAUUCGAUCGCAUCAUUAACUUGACUUUUUUUUAAGCAGCAAUUCAACUUAAGAUUUAAGUUUAUAGGUCAUGGGUCAAAUAAUAAUAUAAAUUAAAGCUUUUAUUCAUUAGUGAUAUUAGAUUAUCCUCUCAGUCCAUAUCUUUUCAUCUUAUACACAUUAACAAUCAUAAAGAUUACCUCCCCACAUCUGAAAGGUCAUAUUCCCUGCCCAAAUCAAUCCAACACAGAUACACUGCAUGACAAUGACAUUCCUUUUCUAAAGGGAGAUUUAGAUUUAUCUGGGAGCAUCCUUUAUAUUAUGGAUUUUAAUUUUGCAGCCUUUUGUGGACAUUUGACAGGUCUGAGGACUGCUAACUUCGGACCUCACUAGCCCAGAUUUAUCCCCAAAAAAACAAAUAUGGUUUUCUUUUUGCAAAGAAAAUAUAUCUAUAUUAAUUAUGAAUCAGUCUACAAUAUUUUUAAUGUAUAAUCAAUUAUUCCUUUGCAGUAGAAUACAGAGCCAUCUAAUCCCAAGCAUUUACUAUUUAAUUUUAAUAAAACUGCACAAGUAAUUCCAUUCACUCUAGCAAUAAAGAAAAAGCUAAUUGUAACAAUAACUUUGUGACAGACAACUCUUAAGAUGUCUCUUCUUAAUUAAAAUUAGUGACUAAUGCAUUCUUAAUCAUAUUGUAUUGAUAUGAUUGAUAAGAUAUAGACGACACAAAUACAUUAACAAUCAAAAAUUUCAGCUCUUAGAGAUAAAUAUUUUGAUAAAUCAUCGCAAGAUUAUAAAGUUAAAUUUUAUCUUCAUUAUUUAUCUUUUUAUAUUAAAAAAUUAUAAAAACCUUGUAAAUAGUAAUGUUAAAAAAAUAUAUUCCUAGUGGUUUUUUCAUUACCAAUCAAUUUAGUGCACACAUUGAGUUAUUAGUAAUUUAAAAAUCAUGUACUCUUAGACUCACAUUAAAUUUUAGCAGGACAUAAUAAUAUCCCAAGCAAUCAAGUGCAUUAACAUAAACAUCAUUUAGUGAUCUAAUUAGGACUUAGAAAGCGAUGGCUCUUGGUUGCCAACCUUGUCUAUCUCUCGUCUUUUAGCUAUUUUCUCUUUGUACUUUGUUUUUUUGUUUUAAGCUUGAUCCGAGAAAAAGAUUCCCUACUCAUUCCAGACCUUGUACGAUUGAAGAGCUAGAACUUGAUUAAACGAGGGGCCGAUCUCUCAAAGCAUGAUUGCCACUGGAUUAAGAGCUUCGUUAUCAAUUGUCACUUUGGUAAUCACUGUUUUAAUAGGUUUUUCCUAUUCUGUAAUAUUAUUGGUGACACAAAUGAUUUGUGUCCUGUUGACGCACUUGAGGGGGCCAAUUUGACGCAGAAUGUUCGUGCAGAACAAAAAUUAUUUUCAUCCUUAAGUCUUGACUGUAAUAGCUUCGAUUUGUGGACUUGCAUUAGGAAGAUACAUGAUCAAGGAUUGGGAAUGA